AGGAAGCUCUCUAUGCACUGUUGUUGUGCUAAUCUGAAGGCCACAUGAAGCUUGAGGUCAUUAGCUGUUGACUCUGCAGACAGUUGGUGACUUCUGCGCACUGUGUGCUUCAGCCACUGUUGUUCCCAGUUGCUUCCACUUUGUUAUGCCACUUGACCAUGGAAUAUUUAAUAGCAAGGAAAGUUCACGGAUGGACUUAUUGCACAGAUGGCAACCUAUCACGGGACCACACUUGAAUUCACUGAGCUCCUGAGAGUGUCCUAU